CUGGGGAGGAAGCAGGAGGCAGGUCAGACCCUUGCUGGGCACUCACGUGAGGCCACCACUCACCAUGCACAUAACCCAGCUCAAUCGGGAGUGUCUGCUGUGCCUCUUCUCCUUCCUGGACAAGGACAGCCGGAGGAGCCUCUCCAGGACUUGCUCCCAGCUCCGAGAUGUGUUUGAGGACCCCACCCUCUGGCCCCUGCUGCACUUCCACUCUCUCGCAGAGCUCAAGAAAGACAACUUCCGGCUGAGCCCUGCACUGCGCAGCCUGUCCAUUUGUUGGCAUUCCAGCCGUGUGCAGGUGUGCAGCAUCGAGGACUGGCUCAAGAGCGCCCUCCAGAGGAGCAUCUGCAGCCAGCACGAGAGCCUGGUUAAUGAUUUCCUCCUGCAGGUGUGCAACAGGUGCCCCAACCUGACGUCCGUCACGCUGUCGGGCUGCGGCCACGUCACGGACGACUGCCUGGCGCGCUUGCUGCUCAGCUGCCCGCGCCUGCGUACGCUGCGCCUCGAGAACUGCGCGCGCGUUACCAACCGCACGCUGGCGGCCGUGGCCGCGCACGGGCGCGCGCUGCAGACUCUGCACGUGGACUUCUGCCGCAACGUGAGCGCCGCCGGCCUGCUCGGCCUCCGCGCCGCCUGCCCGAACCUGCGCCUCAGCGCCGAACGCAGCGCGGCCAUGAUACCCGAUCAGCCGCCGCGCGCACGCGUGUGCGCUGCCUCAGCUUUCUCGGCUGCACCGGGGAGACAAAGCGUACCUCACCCCACGGGCUCCUACUGAGGAUGCGCGCGCGCUAUUAAAGGAGAGGAUGCGUGUAAAA